AUGCGUCGUUUAAAUGUCAACAAUAAUUAUAGCAUUAAUAGAGAAAGCAUUGUAGAUUUACCAGAUAUUCAUCAUUCUCUUAUAAUAAUACCAGAUUCACUAUAUGACAACUCUGAAUUAACUUCAACUGAUUCCGCAAUUUCUUAUUAUAAUAAUAAAUCAACACCUAGUUCUUCCAUACAUGAUGUUGUUGAAGAGGAAGAUAAAGAAGUAGUAGAGGAGGAAAAGGUUGAAAUAAGUGAACAAAAUUUAGAUGAAUCUAAAGAAAGGAAGAUAAAUAUUGAUGAAGAAAAAUCAAAAAAUUUCACAGAGAUUGAUCUAUCCGAAACUAAUCCUGAAAAAACAAAUUCUUCCACCUUGGGGAGGCCAUCACUUUCAAAUGAUACAACCUCACUUCCGGUUAUAACGCCCCGUUCAAAUGAUGGAAAUGAUGGAGAUGUCGAAAAAUCUAUUAAAAGGAAGGAUAAACAUUUGUCGU